AUGGCGACGUCAGCCGCGGUGGCUGCCCUGACUGGAGAUUGCGACGACGACUGGGCUUCUGGAGAGGAGCGGUGGAGUUCACACCUACAUGAAGGAAGGGAGGACAAGUGGAAGUGGGUGGCAGAAGACGAGGGAUGUUACACUGUGAAAUAUGCGUAUUCCUUCUUACAGGGACAUGAGCUUGAAGAAGAGGUGCUAGUGUUUGUUAAUCUCUGGAGAGGCCUAGCACCCUCAAAUGUGCUAGCCUUUGUGUGGAAGUUUCUAUGGGGAAUGCUCCCAUCAAAAUGCAACCUGGCCCAUAGGGAAAUUCUACCGCAAGGUGCUUCUAUGCUGUGUCAUUUCUGCCAGGAAGUGAAUGAGACUUCUGAGCACUUGCUUCUUAAUUGCCCCUUCUCUUCGCAGGUGUGGAAAUUUUACCGCAGGUGGAUGGGCAUCUGUACAUUUCAGCCAAGAGAUAGCAGGGAGCAUUUUGCACAGCAUGGUGGCGAGUUGACCACGAGAAAUCAGCGUCAAGGUGCCCAAACGGUGUGGUUCGCUGUUCUGUGGUCAAUAUGGAAGAUGAGAAACAAUUUGAUUUUCCGAAAUGGGGAAAAAGAUGUUGAACGUGUGUGGGAUUUGGCUCAAUUGCGAGCUUGGAAUUGGCUCAAAUCAAGAUGUCCCAAGUUCAAGUUCUCAGUCUAUGAAUGGAUCAGCAAUCCAAGGUAUUGCCUAGAAAGUUUGUGA